GUAGUCAAGCCGAAACAAGUCAUUUAGAAGAGUGGUCGAGAUGGACAACACUCAUAUUUAGUGGCCUAAGCUAAGCUUUAAACAAGUUAUAAAUAUAACUUUAAGUUAUUUAUGUUACCAUUAAGUUGCGAGUUUGCGUUUGUACCGAACUUAAAGCAGCUGCUGCUGGUGGCCACACUUUUUCUCUCCCCGCUUUCGCUCCUAAAAGUCGGCCACUUUGGGUAAGGAUGUCAGUCCCCGGAAACUCGCUCCAGCAGCCCCGGGUGAGGCGCAGUAACGCGGGUUCCCCGGGCUCGUUUGGCAACGGUGGAUGUCGCCUGCACCCGCUCCGCGCCACCGUGCCCUACCAGCUGCUGCGCGGCGGACAGGGCAGCCCGACACGGGCGCCACACAGCGUCCACGGCGGGGCCACCGCGGGGAGCCGAGGCUCCAGCCCCCCCUCCAGUCCGACUCUCCUCCUCCCAGGAAGUAAGCAGGGGUUGUCGCCCGAAAACAAGGACGCCUCCUGCGCUCCGGACUCGCCUGUUUCCAGAGAAAGGUCCAAGUUGCAGAUGCGGAGCUCCAGCGCCAUCCGCCGGACGUCUUCCCUGGACGCCAUCACCGGGCCCUACCUCACCGGACAGUGGCCCCGAGAUGCUCACGGGCCUUACCCCUACUGCAUGAAAGACAAAUCCACUCAGACUCCGGGCAUGUGGAUGGACGAGGGAGCCGACCAAGGGAGUCCUCACCAGAGAUCGGCCUCCUGGGGCAGCGCGGACCACCUCAAGGAGCAGAUCGCCAAGCUCAGGCUGCAGCUUCAGCGUAGCAAACAAGGAAGUCGGCAGAGCAAAGAGCGAGACGCCACGUCCGGGACGCCGCACGGCCAACAUGCAGCCACUGCCUGUCCCUCACAGAUGUUUCCUCUUCAGCAUAAGGGAUCUUCUUGUUCUUUGUCCACCAAGUCUCUGAUCUGCAGAGUGCCGAGCAGCGUGGAGGCCAUCAACCACGAGCUGGAAAACGUCUUCAUCAGACAUGAUUGGGAGCACGCCAUUCAGGCCACGGACGCCGCCGAUGGCCGUCGGGCUCCUUUCCCACUGCAGCGCUACAGCAACAUUGGGGAAACCCGUGACACGGACACGCAGGCCCCCUCUAGUGGAGAGUCCAGUCCAUCUCCCCGACCUCGCAGCCCCCUCAGCCCGCACCACCUGCACUCCCCGGACGGAAGCCCCUCGUCCUCCGCGGAUGAUGUAGACAAAGAGGGCACGUGCGGCUCUCCGCUACCCAAGUUCGCCACAUCUCCCAAACCCAACAACAGCUACAUGUUCAAGCGGGAGCCACCGGAAGGCUGCGAGAGGGUCAAAGUCUUUGACGAGAUACUGUGUGGCCAAUCGAAAGGAUUCCCGCUCUUCUCCUGUCCCGACAAAAACAAGGUGAACUUCAUCCCUCAGGGUUCAGCUUUCUGCCCCGUCAAGCUGCUCUGCUCGUCCCUCUUCUCGCCCGUGUCCUGCGCCAGUGCCAGUGCCAGCGCCGACCCAACCGGUCCCCAAAGCAAUGAUGGCCAGUCUCGGGAGACGCGCCAUUCGCCCGACAGCCAAGAAGCAGAGGCGGUCGUCAGCGGUUUAUUGUCAGGAAUAUAAAAGACGCUGCCUCAUGACGAGCGUGAUAAAACCAAAAGUUUUGCACUCCGUUAAUUCCAAAUCAUGCUCAUGUCCACACACUCACAAAUUUUUUUUUUUUAAGUUUUUUUUUUCCCAAUUGCGCUAAUAAAACUAGAAUCUCAUAAAAGAAGCUAA